AUAUUCGAAAUCGAACAAUCGCCCCUCCUGCGGUUUGUUAAGAGAUGCCAAUCGACCGCACAUCUUGUAGCAAAACAAGCGCCGACCGCUCGGCUAGCUAGCUUUCAAUGCAGCUAACAGGUGAGUAAGAGAAUAUUAAUUUGCGUUCGGCAUGGCGGAGGGUAGCGGUAAUGUUAACGUCGGUGCGGCUCACCUUCCUCCGGGAGAUCCGCAGCUUAUCGGUAUGAUUGUGGAGCAUCUGAAGAACCGGGGGCUGUUUGACGAGUUCCGCCGAGACUGUUUGGCGGACGUUGAUACGAAGCCUGCCUACCAGAACCUGCGGCAGAAAGUUGACAACUUUGUCACGUCCCACCUGAGCACACAGGACUGGAACCCAUCCAUCAACAAGAACCAGAUGAGGAACGGACUGAGACAGAGUGUCGUCCAAUCAGGCAUGCUGGAGUCCGGCGUGGACAGGAUCAUAACUCAAGUCGUGGACCCGAAGAUGAACCACACUUUCCGACCGCACAUAGAAACGGCCAUCCAUGACUUCCUUUCAGGGGACAGAAAGGAGGAGAGCAGCUCCUGUUCUAACUCUGCGCCUCCUGAACAGACAGAAUCACAGGAAGCUCCGUCAGCUUCAGGCCCCAAAACCCCCUCUUCAGGUAUGUGGGUGAAAUGUGUGUUUGUGGUGCUUUUCCUGCUGCUGGCCUGCCAUCAGGUGAUGAACGUGGAUCCGCAUGAUGUCCAGGAGAAACAAGUGAGCCAGGUGAAGAGAAGACUGUCUCCUCAGAGCGCAGCGGAGAUCCAGAGCUGCCUGGUGAGUUCAGGGGACGUCGGCUGUGGGAUGUUCCAGUGUUUCAACAACAACUCCUGCGACAUCCAAGGCCUGCACCACAUUUGUCUCACUCUGCUGCACAACGCCGGCCGCUACGACUCACAGGGUAAAUCUUUCGUGAAGGAUGCCUUGAGGUGCAUGUCGCUGGGCCUGAGGCAGAGAUUCAGCUGCGUGAGCCGGAGAUGUUCGGCGGUGAAAGAGAUGGUGUUCUCGCUCCAGAGGGAGUGUUACUCCAAACACCAGCUCUGCCUGGCGCUGCAGGACCACAUGGACACCAUGGGGAGCCUGGUCCAGUUCCACCUCAUGUUUCCUCCAGGGCCGUACGUGGAGCUGAUGAACUUCCUGCUGAAAUGUGGUGACGAGGUGAGGACGUGGGUUGGAUGGCGGCUGCGUAGUCAGUGUGAGCAGCACUGGGGGGCGCUGUGCAGCAGCUUCAGCAGCAUCUGUCCUCUCAGCCACUCUCUGCAGCAGACCACCGCCCCGCCGACCACCGGGCCAUGGCCGACCACCGCUCAGCAGCAGCCGACCAGAGGAGCUGAACCAGAGGACAGCAGCCAGCGGAUCGACAACGCCACUGAAUCUGGUCUCAGUGUGCCCGAGAAAUCCAACAUCACCACUUCUUAGUUAAGAGGAGUCACACAGAAAGUGCAGACAGGGUACACACAAAGAUUUAUUACUAGGACACUAGCAGUAGAACGAGUUGAAGUAGUGGUAGUAUUCAGUGUGGUGUUGCUGAUGAAAGCAGUGCAGCAUAACUUAUUCAUUUGGUUGGAUAUUUGUGUUCUGAACGUGGAUAUUUUUCUUAACUUUGUACAAGGAUAAAAACCAGUUAUCUACCUCACCUCAACAUCAGUCAACCACAGUGGCUCCGUCCUUCAGCAGCAGGAACGGUCACACGCCAGUCAACACUGCAGGGAAUAUGUCUGUAACUCAAGUGCAGCUGAUGGCUCCAAGUCAGAGCUCUAUGCAAGUCUGUUUUUGUAUUUAUGAGGAUUGUUAUAAUGUGCACAGUCAAGCUGACACACUAUCAGGUGCUACACUGUCGAGGGAAGCACUCUUUGGUCGUGUUCUAAAUAUGUCUUUUCUAAUGUUCCACUUGAACGAUCACAUUUCAUACAGACUCCAGGUUUCGAGGUGUUUUGUAAGUUUUUUUUAUUUAAAUGAAUCUUAAAAACUCAGUUGUAAGCAAAUUUUAAAUGAAUUAAAGUACAAUGACGUUGCUGGA